AACCCUUCUUCUCCGGCGUAAACCUUUGCUCUAUCUCUUGUUAAAAACCCUAGUUUCGUCUUCAGCUUCGUAUUUAGCGAUGCUUCCACACUCGUACACCGUCGAUUCGCUUUCGCAAUCUCAAGACCUAGCUUCGGCUAUACUCUCAGCUUCCACACCGUCGAAUAUCUCCGCUGCUUGCUCUUCCGUCGAAUCGUUUCUUCACUCACAUACGCCUGAUCAGUGUCGCCAUUUCUUCUCUGUUACUUUUCCGAGUUUAAUUUGUAAGAUCUUCGGUUUCGGCGACGCAACCGCAGCAUCUCCGGCGCAGUCUUCUUCGUUGCGGCCGAAUGGUUGGAUCGAUGUAAUCUCGGCGGCUAACGAUUUGGAUUUAGCGGAGAGAGUAUUCAAUCUCUUAUCCCCCAGUGGAAUACUUAUGAGCUCAAUCUUUGCUGUUGAUAAGUUAGCUCUUGUUAAGUACGUUUUCCCGACGGAACGUUUACCGGAGUAUGCUCGAUUCAUGCUCUCCAGCGAGAAGGAUCGAAGCGCGUUAUCGAAUCUGUGUCCCUUUUUGAAAGGUAAAAUUGAGGAGGAUUCACUUCGUGGUUCAUUGUAUGAAGUUAGGCUAAAUGUUUUUGAGUAUUACAUGUUUUGGCUCUCUUAUUAUCCGGUUUGUAGAGGAAACAAUGAGAGUUCAGCUGUGAAUCCUAUCCAAAAGAAAAAGAUGUUUAAGCUAGAGAAUUGGACACUUAUCAAAGGUUUUCCAGGGAGUAACAAGCGUGAUUCUGAUCACAAAUUGGAGUGUAAUCUCUACAUAAGGCUUCUUUACUCUUAUUUGAAAGCAUUUGUUCCUGUUUUUGACUUAAACGCACACCAGCCUUAUCGUAGUUCUCUUUUGCAUUACGGAAAUGGGUAUGAUGGGUCAGUGAUGACAAGAGCUGAGUUCUUGGUGAAUGUGUUUGUGCAUUAUUGGCUUGUUGAGAAUGACUUCUCACCGUUUCCUGUUGUUACGGCUAAAUCUUUUGGUGUGGCUCCUCCUUUCCGUUCUGCUGUGGAGGAGAUUCCACCUACUUGUGGGUUGGAAGAAGUAGUUAAGUUGCUUGUCAAGUAUCUGAAUUUGAGCUGGGUUACAAGUGGUGUUGGGAGUGAAAGCUACAUUGAGUAUGGCGAGAGUCCACGGUGGAAGACACCGACUUCAGGAUCGUCAUUCCAUGUUGCGAAUUUGAGCAUUAGGCCUCUCACUUCCUGGAAUACCCAUUUACAGAGGCCGCUCUAUCGUUAUAUAUUGAGGAGUUUCUUAUUCUGUCCCAUAGGAAGCUCAGUUAAGAAUGUAUCUCAGGUUUUCUCCAUCUGGGUUACGUACCUGGAACCAUGGAUGAUCAGUUUGGAUGAUUUCUCAGAUCUUGAAGCUGCUUUAAAUGGAUCUGUAGUGAAAAAGGAGGAGUCUUAUGAAUCACGCGUUUGUGGAUACACGUCUUUGUGGCAGAGCUAUGUGAUAUCCAAUUAUCUCUACUACAGUUCUCUGGUCAUGCAUUUUAUUGGCUUUGCGCACAAGUUCCUUCACACUGAUCCAGAAAUAAUAACUCAGAUGGUUCUGAAGGUGAUGAGUACAUUGACAUCGUCAAAAGAGCUUUUGGUUCUGAUGAAGAAUAUUGAUAAAGCCUUUCACUCUAAACAAACUGGACCAGGAAACUCAAAAGUGAACGAAUUGUCUAGAUUUGCUCCAUCUAUCCGUGAGCAGUUGAAGGAUUGGGAAGAUGGGUUGUGUGAGAGCAACGCUGAUGGUUCAUUCUUGCAUGAAAACUGGAACAAAGACUUGAAACUCUUUAGUGAUGGUGAAGAUGGCGGACAACAACUGCUUCAGCUAUUCAUACUGCGGGCAGAAGCCGAACUGCAAACUGUAUCCGAGAAAAACCUCACAGAGGCCCUUAAGUGUGUAGAUUCACUAAAAUCAGCGGUUUUAAACUUCUUUGGCGGGCAUGUCAUAAAACCAAUCGCUUUUUCCCUAGAGCCGGACAAUCCUCAGAAAAACCGUGACGAGCUCUUCAAGCCACGUGGUGCUGGCAACCAAAUAGCAGGGAUUGUGAAGUACAAAGGGGACUGGAUGACCCGUCCGGUUUCAGAAGACGAGGUUGCAUGGAUGGCCAAACUCCUAAUCAACAUCUCUAUCUGGCUCAAUGAACGCCUCGGGCUGAACAAAUCUGAGACCAACAAAGACAAGAAAGAGAAUUCAGAGUCAGUGUCAUAUGUAGACAUAUCAGGGGAAGAUGUGGCAAACGUUGGUGGACCUGGAGAUGCUGCAAGGAUGUUGUUGCGAGGGGUGGUGAUGGUAUGUGGUACGGUGUUGCAGCUGAUGAGAAGAUUUGGGAUCUUCUCUGCGGUCUUCACCACUAUGGCCGCACCGUUUUUUUCAACUCCAUUUCAGCCUUAUGUCUACCAGAGUCAACAAGAUACUAUUACACCUUUCCAGAUUUUGGGUGGUGAAUCCCAAGUUGUUCAGAUAAUGUUAAAGUCAGAGGAGAAAGUCAUUGCUAAGCCUGCUUCCAUGUGCUACAUGUCUGGCUCUAUCGAGAUGGAAAAUACGUACACUCCUGAACAAGAAGUUGGAGUUUUGCAGUGGAUUUUAGGCAAGAGUGUAAGCAGUGUAGUUCUUCGGAAUACUGGGCAAAACGACGGAUUUGUUGGUAUUGCUGCACCUUAUUUGGCUAGGAUUCUCCCGAUCGAUUUGGCAAUGUUUGGAGGUGAGAUCUUAUGCCAGCCAGAUGCAUUCCUUUGUUCCGUCCAUGAUGUGAAGAUUGUCAACUCUGUUGACCAGAGGCCAAGAAACAUUGUUGCCGCUGGUGCAGAGGGAUUUCUGAGACAACGCCUAUCUGGACAAGGUCUUGCUUUUAUCCUCGCAGGUGGCUCUGUUGUACAAAAAGUUCUGGAGGUAGGAGAAGUUCUCUCAAUUGACGUGUCCUGUAUCGCUGCUCUCACACCCUCAAUUGAUGUCCAAAUCAAAAACAAUGCUCCUUUGAGACGAGCAGUAUUCGGGGGUGAUAACGUAGUAAUGGCGACUCUGACGGGGCCAGGCAUUGUCUUCAUCCAAAGCUUACCAUUUCAUCGGCUCUCGCAGCGUAUUGCAAGGUCGGUGACGUCGCCAAACAUGAGAGAGAAUCCAAAACUGUUAAUACAGAUAGCAAUAUUUGCAUUCCUCGCAUACGCAGUGAUUCUAUCAUCGUUGAUCUUAACCGAAGUUUAAAAGCAGAGAGAUAGAAAGAAUUGAGUUGAUUUUCUCCGACCAACAAACUAACGUUGUAAUUGUUCAGUUAGCUCGGGUUUGGACUUUUGGAUAGAAUGAAGAUGAAUGAUACAC